UUCAUGAGCCAGGCCUUCGGCGUAGUAGCGCGCGCUGGAUUCGCAUCCUGGAUGGAGCGCCACGUCGCACAGCGGAGACGCGCGUCCUGCGAUCAGCGUCGCUCUGGAGAGGAGAGCAAUCAUGGUGAAGAGCGUGACUUCAGAAGUUCAGUCCCGGAGUGGAACUCAUGAAGGAGAAGAAGAACACACAGACACACACCCGUCCGCAGCAGAUGGCGGGAAAGAGCACCCUGUGGCUCCGCCCGCGAUGAUCUGGCGCGUGACCGGCGGCCUCUUCAGCGCCACGAAGGGCGUGGUCGGAGCCACGGUGGGCGGAGUCGCCUGGCUGGGCGGGAAAAGUUUGGAGAUCACCAAAUCAGCAGUGAGCGCGGUGCCCUCGGUGGGCGUCGGCCUGGUGAAGGGCGGGGUUUCAGCGGUGGCGGGGGGCGUGUCCACGGUGGGGUCUACAGUAGCCAAUAAAGUCCCGUUCACAGGAAAGAAGAAAGACAAAUCGGAGUGAAGAAGAGGAGGAGGGUUUGUUGUGAUGACGCCAUUCUCUCGUUCUCUUCUGAUUGGUCACCAGAGUCGGAUAUUUCUGACCAAUCAACGUCCGAUGAGUUUUGUACGUCAUACUGUGGGUUUUUUAUACAAACAUUCUUGAUCUCAGUGAAAAAGGUUUAUUUUUUUCUCUCGAGUCAUCUCAGACAUGCGACCAAAGACACGUGUAUCAGUGCUUCUUGUGUGUAGCUCUUAAACGAGGUCCUCUGAACUCCUCUGAAAUGUUAUCCCUCGGAUUGUGUUUGUAAAUUAGAUUUUUUUAUUAUUUGAAUGCAAUAAAGUCAUGUGAAAGAUGG